AUGGGCCGCGCUCUUUUUUCUCUAUCUUACGCUUCUACACCAGCGGUGCGGGUCGAGCCAGAACCGAUCGUGGACACAUGCGAGAAAUGGGGAGCAUGCAAUCGUUUUGACCCUGAUUCCGAAGAGUUCUUUAAUGACGCUCAGUACGAGGCUUUCCUUGAGGAGGACGGCAUUCCACAGACCGUCAGGGCGGUGGCAGAGGGUGCCAACAGUGACAACGACCGUGGCAGCUCAAUGGCCGUAGAAUCAGACGAUUCAGCCAUCCUCAUCGCUGGUGCUUACCCAAACGUCGCCGAUGAUUGGCAACGCUUCUUGUCAGGGCCCGCUCCCCAGGCAGCAGCGGAGUUGGCGCGCGACCGGAACCUUCCUCCCUCGUUCUCUCGCGUUUCCGAAUCGUUCACUUCCGGGGCCCCACGUAUUCCAGGCAGCGAACAGCAACGAAUCGCCGACCAUCCAAGAUCUAAUCGGCUCAAUCGUCCUCGAUCGUUCUCUGACAUAUCUCCCUUCUUACCCCAAUCCCCCACGCGCAUUCCAAUCGCAGCGAUUGAGAUCGACACUGAGCGGAUCACUUCUCGUUCCCCCACCGCCCGCCGAGCUGUUAACAUCGCUCCCAUUAAUAUUCCAAAUGAACCCUCUUUACCUAGCCCUUCCCCCGACUCUCCUUCCCCUUCCACGCCCCCUCCGGCAAUUUACCAUCUUCGCUCCAUGAUUUCACCCUCCCCUCCUCCCUCUGUCACCCCACGAUUCUACUCUUGGCAGAACCACCCCAUCCCUACUAGCCCUACCAUUUCGCGUGGCAACCGUGACGGCCCCUUGACCAACCCCCAUGCUCGCAUGUCCUUUGCACGCAUCGACUCUUCUCCGGCCCGCAUCCGUGUCCAGAACACUGUGGUGUGAUGCCAACCCCCCAAAAGCGACACAGAUCCCGGCCCAUUUGAUGAUGGUUAUACACGCAUCUAUAUUCAUAAUCAUUAAUGCUACUGCAAUAUGCUCUCUGUAGUCCUUCCCCGAUGGGUUGAUGUUGUUAGCACGAAUUUUGCUUCGCUCCUUUUUAUGCCUUGAUUUAUGCUUUACCUAUACAUCUCGCACGUUCUUUGUUUACAACUACCAUUUGUACUCGGUUCAUCGCCCUCCUGAUACCUCUGUGCACAUAUACCUGUCACUUGUAUUAUGAAUAUCAUCUUUCUCUCGAUUUC